GGUUUUUUUUUUUUUUUUUGCCACGUCGGAAGAUGUCAUCUCAAACUAAGUUCAAGAAAGACAAAGAGAUCAUUGCCGAAUAUGAAGCCCAAAUAAAAGAGAUCCGCAUGCAGCUGGUGGAGCAGUUCAAAUGCCUGGAGCAGCAGUCAGAGUCGCGGCUGCAGCUGCUGCAAGACUUGCAGGAGUUCUUCCGCAGGAAAGCUGAGAUCGAGCUGGAGUACUCCCGCAGCCUGGAGAAGCUGGCCGAGCGCUUCUCCUCCAAGAUCCGUAGCUCCCGGGAACACCAGUUCAAGAAGGACCAAUACCUCCUCUCGCCCGUGAACUGUUGGUAUCUGGUACUGCAUCAGACCCGGCGGGAGAGCCGAGAUCAUGCCACCCUCAAUGACAUCUUCAUGAACAAUGUCAUCGUCCGCCUUUCCCAGAUCAGUGAGGAUGUCAUCAGACUCUUCAAAAAGAGCAAAGAGAUUGGCCUGCAGAUGCAUGAGGAACUGCUGAAGGUGACUAAUGAGCUCUACACAGUCAUGAAAACUUACCACAUGUACCACGCGGAGAGCAUCAGUGCAGAAAGCAAGCUGAAGGAGGCUGAGAAGCAGGAGGAGAAACAGUUCAACAAAUCAGGAGACCUCAGCAUGAACCUGCUCCGGCACGAGGACCGACCCCAGCGCCGCAGCUCUGUGAAGAAGAUUGAGAAGAUGAAGGAGAAGAGGCAGGCCAAAUAUUCUGAGAACAAGCUCAAGUGCACGAAGGCGCGCAAUGACUACCUGCUGAAUCUGGCAGCCACCAACGCAGCUAUCAGCAAAUACUACAUCCACGAUGUGUCCGAUCUCAUUGAUUGCUGUGAUUUGGGCUUUCAUGCCAGUCUGGCCCGCACCUUUCGGACCUACCUCUCAGCAGAAUAUAAUCUGGAAACCUCUCGCCACGAGGGCCUGGACGUCAUAGAGAAUGCGGUGGACAACCUGGACUCCCGCAGUGACAAGCACACCGUCAUGGACAUGUGCAGCCAGGUCUUCUGCCCUCCGCUCAAGUUUGAGUUCCAGCCCCACAUGGGGGACGAGGUCUGCCAGGUCAGUGCACAGCAGCCCGUCCAGACAGAGCUGCUUAUGCGGUACCAUCAGCUGCAGUCCAGGCUGGCCACUCUCAAGAUUGAGAACGAAGAGGUCAGGAAAACCCUAGAUGCCACUAUGCAGACCUUACAGGAUAUGCUGACUGUGGAGGACUUCGAUGUCUCUGAUGCCUUCCAACACAGCCGAUCUACAGAGUCCAUAAAGUCAGCCGCUUCUGAGACCUACAUGAGCAAAAUCAACAUCGCCAAAAGGAGAGCCAACCAGCAGGAAACAGAAAUGUUUUAUUUCACGAAAUUUAAAGAAUAUGUGAAUGGCAGUAACCUUAUCACCAAGCUGCAAGCCAAGCAUGACUUACUCAAGCAGACACUGGGUGAAGGGGAGAGAGCAGAGUGCGGCACAACCAGGCCCCCCUGCCUUCCCCCUAAACCACAGAAAAUGAGGAGACCUAGGCCUCUUUCAGUGUAUAGCCAUAAACUCUUUAACGGCAGUAUGGAAGCGUUCAUUAAGGAUUCAGGACAGGCUAUACCACUUGUAGUUGAGAGCUGUAUCCGAUUCAUCAAUCUAUAUGGACUCCAGCAGCAGGGAAUAUUCAGAGUUCCAGGGUCUCAAGUUGAAGUCAAUGACAUCAAGAAUUCCUUUGAGAGAGGUGAAGACCCCCUCGUGGAUGACCAAAAUGAGCGAGAUAUCAAUUCAGUCGCUGGUGUUUUAAAGCUGUAUUUCCGAGGCCUGGAAAACCCACUCUUUCCUAAGGAAAGGUUUCAAGAUUUGAUAUCUACUAUUAAACUGGAGAACCCAGCUGACAGGGUGCACCCAAUCCAGCAGAUCCUCAUCACCCUGCCCCGCGUGGUCAUCGUGGUCAUGAGAUACCUCUUUGCUUUCCUCAAUCACCUUUCCCAGUACAGCGAUGAGAACAUGAUGGACCCCUACAACCUGGCCAUUUGCUUCGGGCCCACCCUCAUGCGCAUCCCUGACGGGCAGGACCCCGUAUCCUGCCAGGCGCAUGUUAAUGAAGUCAUCAAAACCAUCAUCAUCCACCAUGAAGCCAUCUUCCCCAGCCCGCGGGAGCUAGAGGGACCCGUGUAUGAAAAAUGCAUGGCUGGAGGAGAAGAAUACUGUGACAGCCCACACAGUGAGCCAGGGACCAUUGAUGAAGUCGACCAUGACAAUGGCACAGAGCCUCAUACCAGUGACGAAGAAGUGGAACAGAUCGAGGCCAUCGCCAAGUUUGACUAUGUGGGGCGGUCCCCUCGUGAGCUGUCCUUCAAAAAAGGGGCCUCAUUGCUUCUGUACCACCGUGCCUCAGAGGACUGGUGGGAGGGCCGUCACAAUGGUGUGGAUGGACUCAUCCCUCAUCAGUACAUAGUUGUACAGGACAUGGACGAUGCCUUCUCCGACAGCCUGAGCCAAAAGGCUGACAGCGAGGCCAGCAGUGGACCACUGCUGGAUGACAAGGCCUCCUCCAAGAAUGACCUCCAGUCCCCCACAGAGCACAUCUCUGAUUAUGGCUUUGGGGGGGUGAUGGGCCGAGUGCGACUACGUUCUGACGGAGCAGCCAUCCCCAGGCGCCGAAGCGGGGGCGACACACACAGCCCACCCCGGGGCUUGGGUCCCAGCAUAGACACGCCACCCCGAGCUGCUGCCUGCCCCAGCAGCCCCCACAAAAUCCCUCUCAGCCGUGGGCGGAUUGAGAGCCCCGAGAAGAGGAGGAUGGCGACAUUCGGGAGCGCUGGCAGCAUCAACUACCCUGACAAGAAGGCACUGGCAGAAGGGCUCUCCAUGAGGUCGACUUGCGGCUCUACCCGGCACAGCAGCCUAGGGGACCACAAGUCCCUGGAGGCUGAGGCCCUGGCAGAAGACAUCGAGAAGACCAUGAGCACAGCUUUACACGAGUUACGGGAACUCGAGAGACAGAACACCGUCAAGCAGGCGCCAGAUGUGGUGCUGGACACCCUGGAGCCCCUGAAGAAUCCACCAGGCCCCAUCAGCUCGGAGCCUGCCAGCCCCCUGCACACCAUUGUCAUCCGAGACCCCGACGCCGCCAUGCGCCGCAGCAGCAGCUCCUCCACUGAGAUGAUGACCACCUUCAAGCCUGCCCUGUCGGCUCGCUUGGCUGGUGCCCAGCUGCGCCCACCCCCGAUGCGCCCAGUCAGACCCGUGGUCCAGCACCGCUCCUCCAGUAGCAGCAGCUCGGGUGUCGGCAGCCCGGCUGUGACACCCACUGAGAAGAUGUUCCCCAAUAGCUCCUCGGACAAGUCUGGCACUAUGUGA